CAGUGUAGCCCCAGCAGUGCCACCUAUCAGUGGAUGCCUGUCAAUGCCCAUCAGUGCCACCUACCAAUGCCUCCUAAUCACUGCAGCCUAUCAGUGUCCAUCACUGCAGCCUCAUUAGCGCACAUCAGUGAAGGAGAGAAACCUCUUAUUUACAAAAUUUUAUAUAACAAAAACAAAGAAAAAACUUUUUUUUCUAAAUUUUGUUGUUUUUGGUUUGUUUAGCAAAAAAUAAAAAACCCAGAGGUGAUUAA